GUACUUAAGGCGGAGGCCGGCCCGGGGCUGCACACUCCGGCGUCUGAACAGCUCGCGGGAUUGUGCUUCCUUUGCGUCCUCUCCGCGCCCGUCGAGUCUUUUCUCCAAGAAGAAAAAAAUGGCAACCGUUGCAGUCGAUCCACAAUUGAGCGUGGUGACCAGGGUCGCCAACCUACCCUUGGUGAGCUCCACCUACGCUCUCUUGUCCUCUGUGUACGUCAGUACGAAGGAUCAUCAUCCCUGCUUGAAGUCUGUGUGUGAGAUGGCAGAGAAGGGUGUGAAGACGGUGACCUCCGUGGCCUUAACCGGUGCUCUGCCCCUCAUCCAGAAACUCGAGCCACAAAUUGCUGUUGCUAAUACCUAUGCCUGUAAGGGGCUAGACAGAAUUGAGGAGAAAUUGCCUAUUCUGAAUCAGCCAACAACCCAGGUUGUUGCCACUGCCAAAGAUGCUGUGAUUGGAGCCAGAGAUGCUGUGACGACUACCGUGACUGGAGCCAAGGACUCUGUAGCCAGCACCAUCACAGGGGUGGUGGAUAAGACCAAAGGAGCAGUGACUGGCAGCGUGGAGAAAACCAAGUCUAUAGUCAAUGGCAGCAUUAACACAGUCUUGGGAAGUCGGAUGAUGCAGUUUGUGAGUACUGGGAUGGAAAAUGCGCUCACCAAAUCAGAACUACUGGUGGACCAAUACCUCCCGCUCACUGAGGAAGAGCUAGAAAGAGAAGCCAAAAAAGUUGAAGGAUUUGAUACGGUUCAGAAGCCAAGUUAUUAUGUUAGGUUGGGAUCCCUGUCUGCCAAGCUCCGCUCACGUGCCUACCAGCAGGCUCUUGACAGGGUUAAAGAAGCCAAGCAGAAAAGCCAAGAGACCAUUUCUCAGCUCCAUUCGACCAUUCACCUGAUUGAAUUUGCCAGGAAGAAUGUGCAUAGUGCCAACCAGAAAAUCCAGGAUGCCCAGGAUAAGCUCUAUCUCUCGUGGGUGGAGUGGAAGAGAAGCAUUGGCCAUGAUGAUACUGAUGAGUCUCACUGUGCAGAGCACAUUGAGUCACGUACUCUUAUUAUUGCCCGCAACUUGACUCAGCAGCUGCAGACCACGUGCCACAGCCUGCUGUCCAACAUCCAAGGACUGCCACAGAACAUCCAGGAUCGGGCCAACCACUUGGGAGUGAUGGCAGGCGACCUCUACUCCGUGUUUUACAACGCUGCCUCCUUGAAGGAAGUGUCCGACAGCCUCCUCAUUUCUAGCAAGGGGCAGCUGCAGAAAAUGAAGGAAUCUUUAGAUGAUGUGAUGGAUUACCUUGUUAACAACACGCCCCUCAACUGGCUGACUCUUCUUUUUCAGGCAUUUGAUUUCACUACCGCAGACUUGACAUCUGAGACUGAUGAAAUUCCAGAUAUUAUAGCUUUGGAAGAGGAAGAUGGAGCAAAUCAUUCACAUUUUAAUGGCCUUUCUCAGCCAAAUACUGAGUAACAACAACAAUAAAGUAAUUCCUUCUAGUUGAAUACACAAUUUGUAUCAUAUUUAACCUCAUUUUGCUUGUAUGUUUAUUACUGUGGCUCCAGGAAGUUUUCAUCUGUCUUUUGGCUAGUUCAUUCUACUUGCAAUGAAACUUGAUCUUAAUUUUCAUAAAAGAGAUUUAGUUCUGUAUUAUAUAUCAUUUUAUGUAAGUCUUCACAGAGUAACUGCUAAAAUGCCUAUAAUAAAU